UGUAGCGCCAGCAAACCUACUAUACUAGGUAGCUAGGUAGCUAGCUAGCAAGAGCUGUCAGUUACGCUACUAGAGAUCUACUAGCUAGCUGGCCAGUAAUCGGUGGCGGCAUCAUCGGAUGGAUUGGCAUAUUGGCAUCCACAUUUGUUUGGUUCACUGGUCUCUGCGUGACGAUCUUUUGACUGUGUUGCCGGGUUGCAUGUUCGUACUGCCUGGUCCAGUGUGUAUCGUCAUUUGAGGAUGCGUGUGCACGAAGUCAUUGGUUUGGGGGAAGCAACCAAACCUGAGGAAAGAACAAAGCUCACAAUUUUGCAAAACCAAAAACAACACUAAGCAGAACAAACACAAAAACAAUUCCUCAUCGUCUACCACCAUGAUCCGUUCUUUGACUCUCUUCACAAUGGCCUCUUCUGCCAUGGCUUUUCAAGUUGCCCUUCCCACGAAGACUCCCGCCAUGGCCUUGCAGAUGUCAUCGGAGCCUUUCCCUUAUUACGCUUCCUUGGCUGAUACCAGCAAUACUCUCGUGGAAGAGGCAGCCAAUGAAAUCGCCUUGUCCGAAGAACCAGCGCCCAAGGCAGAAGCCCCCAAACCCAAGACCGCCGCACCCAAAAAGAAAAAAGGGCCCGUUCACAAAGAAGGCGUCUUAUCACCGAUGGUGAUGUUUGUCAGGGGCUUUUUGGGUGACGAACUCCUCAACAAGGUUCGAGGCAAGGCCAUCUCCAUUCAUUCUGGAGUCAUUGGAAACUUUGUUGAGACUUCCGACUCUGUCUUUGGUGAUGCCGUGCUUCGAUCUCUCUUUCACCUGGCCGACAAGGACGGAAAUGGCACCAUUUGCGAGGCAGAGCUCCAGGAGGCAAUGCAGUCACUUGGAUUCGACUGGCUCCAGGCAAAGCAAGUGGCAGGAAUAUUCAAAAGAGCAGAUGCCGACGAAAGUGGAACGAUCGACAUGGAUGAAUGGGUCAAAGAAGCUCCCAAGACUCUGCGAACUAACCUGGUCAAACUUGCCAAGAAAAAUGGAAACGAUAUGGGUCUGUUGUCUUAGUUUCAUCGAGAGGCAUGAUGCUGUCUUGAAACGACGGUACGAUUCACGAUGCAACGAAACACAAUGAUCAGCUUUGAUCUUUCCUCAUGUACAUAAUAGAGCUUAACGAGUAAUAGAAAGCAAGACAC